GUCUCAUCUCGCAACACAUCAGCCCUCUAGCUAACUAAUACCUCACUCUCCAUCGUCGUCAUGUUCGCAAAAGCUCGCACAGGUGCUAUCCAAGCCAGCGUCCGCAAUGCCCAGGCUGCCGCGUUCAGCAAGCAGGCCUCGCGCAACAUGAAGAUCCUCGCCAUCCUCUACAAGGGUGGCGAGGCUGCCAAGCAGGAGCCCCGCCUCCUCGGCACUGUCGAGAACGAGCUCGGCAUUCGCUCCUGGCUCGAGUCCCAGGGGCACGAAUACCUUGUCUCAGAUGACAAAGAGGGCCCCAACAGCUUCCUCCACAAGAACAUCCACGAUGCUGAUGUUGUCAUCACGACACCCUUCCAUCCCGGAUACCUCAAUAAGGAGCUUCUUGACAAGGCCAAGAACCUCAAGCUCUGUGUCACCGCUGGUGUCGGAUCUGACCACGUCGACCUCAACAUUGCCGCCGAGAAGGGCCUCGAGGUCAUCGAGGUCACCGGUUCGAACGUCGUCUCCGUCGCUGAACACGCGGUUAUGAGCAUCCUCUUGCUCGUCAGGAACUUUGUCCCUGCCCACGAGAUGAUCAAGCGUGGCGACUGGCUCGUCUCGGACGUUGCGCGCAACGCGUUUGACCUGGAGGGCAAAGUCGUCGGCACGCUCGGCGCGGGCCGCAUCGGCUUCCGCAUCCUGCAGCGCCUGCAGCCGUUCAACUGCAAAGAGUUCCUCUACUACGACUACAACGCGCUCGACCCCACGCGGGAGAAGGAGGUCAACGCGCGCCGCGUCGAGGACCUCAAGCAGUUCGUCUCCCAGUGCGACGUCGUCACCGUCAACGCGCCCCUGCACGAGGGCACGAUGGGCCUCAUCAACAAGGACCUGCUCAAGCACUUCAAGAAGGGCGCCUGGCUCGUCAAUACCGCGCGCGGCGCGAUCUGCAACGCCGAGGACGUCGCGGCGGCGGUCAACAGCGGGCAGCUGAACGGGUACGCGGGCGACGUGUGGAACGUGCAGCCCGCGCCGAAGGAGCACCCGUGGCGGUACAUGCAGAACCCGCUCGGCGGCGGCAACGGCAUGGUCCCGCACUACUCGGGCACGACGCUCGACGCGCAGCUGCGCUACGCCAACGGCACGAAGCAGAUCCUCGAGAACUUCUUCCAGGGCAAGCCCCAGCUCCCGGCGAACGUCAUCAUCGGCAACAAGGGCUACGCGACCACGUCUUACGGCCAGCGGUGACGAACGGCCGUGCGGCGUUUUUGAGUUCUGUACAUUAUACUCUUCCUGCAUCGCCAUGUGUAGAACUACUAGACAAUUGUAAUCG